AGGGAUGAGAGAAUGAGAACCACCUCUAAUGGAUACAAUACUUGCGAGCGCGGGUACGUAUGAAAGAAAUCUCAAUGUGAAAAUCAACGCACUACUCAACAUAGUCUUUGACGUGAUUGAUUUCAUAUUCAUGCUAUGCAAGCGAUACGUCUGUGCGAAAGAAGACAGUCUUGCUCGAAGUAUGUCUACGUGAAUCUUGUGUCGAAAGAUAGUGAGCCAUGACUUCGUUGCUGUGGGUCUUUUUUCCGUAUUACCCGUCAUUGCCGGAGAUUGGUGUCGAGGAAGCUGGAUUUCAUGACAUUUUGACUCCAAAAUUUGGCGAUGGGUUCGGUGGACAGCAGGCACCUUCUUUUGGCUCGACAUCGUCUUCAACGUCCUCAUCUAGUACGACGCCUGGCAGUGGGAGCACAGGACGAGAAGACGAUCAUAUCCCCUUUGGCCCUAUUCCGAUUUUCUCGACACUUCUCCCAAUAUUGCUGGUAUGCAAUUUGCUUGGCUGUUUAUUCGGUUUCUUUUUCACGAGGCACCGUCCUCCCAGAAGAAAGUACGGACGCACAGACCUAGAGUUGUGGUACAUCGUUGCACAUAAUUCCAUCGUCGUCCUUGGCUCCGCUCUAGCCUGGCUCACCCAGAGCACAUUCUUAGCACUUGCGACAUUCAGUUUCGAGAUCAGUUACGAAGUGUUCGACAGUUGGGCUGUGUAUUCCCGAUUUGGAAAAAUCGAUCACGAAACGCUGAUGCAUCAUGUUGGCGCUCCGCUUUGCAUCCUUUUUGCCACACAAACGAGAAUCGACAUGCGGGUGUUGUGCCACUUGAGCAUAUUUACGGCCUGUGGAAGGUGACUCAGUGUAAGCACGUGUCUGCUCAGUGUGCAUGAUGGAACUUGGAGGUGUCUUUGAAUAGUUAACUGUCAAACUACAGAAUCGACUCUGCUAGUACACUCUUGUUGUGCAGGUUGGAGAUUGCUCCUUGCAUUCUCUAAGAAGCGCAUCGAUCUCUCUGGAGCCGUGCUUGCUUUUUUCAAGCUGAUGAUGCGUGCGGGACGACACAGUAUUCGCAGACUUUAUCGUGCCCUAUUCUUCGUGUAUUUUCCGCUGCGGAUAGUUUAUGGCGUCGAAGAGGAUAGACUGUCUCAAGAACAUCUUCGUGUUGAGAGGAACAAAGGACUUCAUCAUGUGCCAAAAGAGGAUUUAAGAGAAGGCGCAAAAAAUAGAUUUUAGAGAUUUAAUUUUAGAGAAAGAAACCGAAGAGCAUCACUGUUCUGAGACAUAAGAAAUCGAAGAGCAUCAAGUUCUGAGCAUCAUAACCCUAACCCUGUUCUGAAAGAGCAUCACUGUCUCACUGAGACCAGUAGAUCCUUUUUCAUUACCCAGGCCCUUUCUUCGACACAUGCAUGGUAAUGCACGGUCUUUUCAUCGUUCCGGGAAAUCUACGAUUUAUGGCGUAGACCACACAGAUUGAGUAGGAGGUGGUUGACGAGUGCUGCUUUCUCCUUUUCCUUCACAAUGACAGCCGUGUACAGUGAGUUAGACUAUAGUUCCCUUCACAUAAUCAGGCUCACCUCGAUCACAUUAGUAGGCUUAUCCCGUGCAACAAUAUACUCCCUUCACAUAAUUUUUAGACGAGAUGAGAGAUAGAGUAUCUCUAUCUCCUUCGUGUAAUUAAUCAUGAGCAAGUUUUUUACGUAGCUGGUUUCGAUUUCAAAAACGAGAACUUAUAUCAUCAAAAAAGUAAGAAGAGUGAGACUGACAGCAUCACCACCACUACUCAAUUCAGUGAUAGACAAAUCUUUCAUAUAAGCCUGGACACAGUUCUACUUUAUGGCAUUUAUGAGCAUAAACGCACUGAAUUUGUAUUUUUGUGUCGUAAUAUGGAAAAAAGCCUUCGGAAAUAUCUGGACAGAAAAUGAAAUGAAAAAUGCAGAAGACUGACGUGACCCCCAUGUCCUUGGACAGAACAUGAAAUGAAAAACGCAGAAGACUGACACCUACUAGGCUUUGAAUCUUUCGAUCAUCUUUGUAUGUAAGUGAGUUACCUCAAAAAAUAUUGAACUUCACCUGGUACUAAUACGAAGUGUAGUUCUCUUGAAACUACGAGUCCUUCAAGAGAGUGGUAUACUAUAAGUGCUCUAAAGCAAAUUGGGUUGUCAUUCUCACGGAUUCACAACAGUUCUG